CACACGUCUCCCGCCGCCCCUUCCCGGCUCCUACACUUUCCCUCCCUAAUCCCUAUUCCCGAUCCCGCAACCGUCACUGACCACGAUCCGCUCAACCUUCUGCUUCCUCCGUGACGCGCCGUCGCAGCCUCCUCCGCCAAUCCUUUACGCCGUCGUCGUUUCCCUCUCUCCUCGCCUUUCCCAGGUGAACGCUUUAUAUAUAUAUCGAUUUAACCAUCUACUACUGCUUCUCUCGAAUUCUAAAAUUUGAAGACGCCGUUUCCGGUUGCGAAAUGCAGGCAGAAGAUGCGAUGGCACCACCCAGGCUCUCCGGAAUGCAGAAGCAAGUUCUCAGCCUCUACCGAGGCUUUCUCCGCGCGGCUCGCUUGAAAUCUCCCGACGAUCGGAAACAGAUCGAAGCCGUCGUCUCCGCAGAGUUCCGGCGCAAUUCCAACCAAGUGGAUCGGAAGAACUUCGUCUACAUCGAGUACUUGCUCAACCGCGGCAAGAAGCAGCUCGAUCAGCUCAAGAGCCCCGGCGUCGUCGGCUUAUCUUCUUUCAGUGUCGGUGGUGGUCAGCGAUAACUGAAAUUCAACCAUUCCUAUUUUCG